UUUAUUUUUUCCUCGUUAAGUCCUUACUUUCUUUUCGUUUUCAUAUUCGUUUUGGAGGAAAACAUUUGAUAAAAAAAAAAAGUGAUAGAGAUGAAACUGGGGCUAUCAAAUUUUGCCACUGCAGCUGUAAUCUUGUCCAGCCUGAAUGCAGUGGUUGGGAUCAGAUUUGUGAUUGACAGAGAAGAAUGUUUCUCUCAUAAUGUUCAGUAUGAAGGGGAUAAAAUCCAUGCUUCAUUUGUUGUCAUCAAGAUUGAUACAGCUUGGCAAUAUACUCAUGAUGGUGUAGACGUCACGGUGAAGGGACCUACUGGUGAAGGAAUUCUAGAUUUUCAUGACAAGACAAGUGAAAUAUUUGAAUUUGUGGCUCGAAACAGUGGACCCCAUCGCUUCUGCUUCAGCAACAGGUCUCCCUAUCAUGAAACAAUUGAUUUUGAUGUCCACUCUAACCAAGCUCACAACUCUGAUCAGCAUGCAAAAGAUGAGCAUUUUAAUCCUUUGUUGGAACAGAUAAUAAAGUUAGAGCAAGCUCUUUUCAACAUUCAGUAUGAACAGCAUUGGCUUGAAGCUCAGACUGAACGCCAGGCAAUAGUAAGCAAUGCAAUGAGCUCCAGAGCAAUUCAUAAGGCCUUACUUGAAUCAGCAGCACUAGUGGCUGCCAGCGUCCUCCAAGUUUAUCUUCUUCGUUGCCUCUUUGAGAGAAAGCUUGCAAUAUAGAAAGUUACAUUGCACACAUAGGAAACACCUGAUUGAAGAUUAUUUAGCAGCUCCGCUCUUCUUUUUCAGGCACAUGGACAUAUAUUCUUCUCUUAUUCAUCUUAUAUAAAGUCAUAUUAACAUUUGCUGUC